AUGAAUUAAAAUUAUAUUGACCAAGCCUAUUUCUCCAAGCAAUUCUAUAGAGCAUUUGGAAAUUAUAUUGGACCCCAUACUUCGACACCCAGUAUGGCAUCAGAAUAUUUAUCCUCCACGAGGACUCAAACAGCCAAUAUGCAUAAAUAAAACAGUUUAGCGAAACCAAUUAAAUCUCCUCAAAGUGUAAAUAAACCAAUACUUUAAAAUUCUGCACGAGUUAAGACAUAGACUCAACAUAUUUCGAAAUAGCAACCAAUAGUUCAUCAUAUUAAAAGUUUAUCGUCAGACUUAAAGAAUUAACCUCAAUAGAAAAGAUUUAAAUAAGAGAAAAUAAUAUCACUCACAGAAUCAGAGUAGCAUCCAUUUUUAAUAAUCUAAAAAAAAGCAAGGGAAUUAAGAAAAAUUGAAUCUCGAAAAAGUAUUUUGCCUUCAAUUUACACUGAUUCCUAACACAGUGCCAGAUUGCCAGAUAUUCCUCCAUUAAUACAUAUUCCAACAAUACAAAUAACAGAGCCAUUAGAAUUACAUUCAUCGAAAGGCUAGGAAUACGAAUCAGAUAAAGAUGAAGAUUCUGAAGGAGAAGAGGAUUUCCCUCAAGUACCCUAAAAGAUGAAGAAACUAUCUGUUCGACUCAAAUUCAAAAAUGCUGUUUAAUCUCAAGUUUCUACUCUUUUUAUCAACAAACAACCAAAGUCCCUUUUUAAUGUCAUAAUCUCACCUGAAUUCACAAUAAAGCAUGAAGAAGAACGUCAAAAAAUAAGUGAUGCCUUUGAGGCUGGAAAUUUUAUUUUAUAUAAGGCUAAGUAAUUUCAACAUAAGGAAGUAGCCAAUAAGAAAAAACUAUUUGAGAGUGUAUUCAAUUUGAAACAUCCACAUAAGAUGAAUAACAUUGUCAAUUCACAAAUAGCUAAAUUAAAUACUACCAAUAAAGCAUUUUAAAGAAAAAUUAAAAUGAUUUUAACAACAACUGAAAACAGCAAAGAAGUUGAGUAACCCUAAAAAUUUUCAUUUUUAUCUAAAUAUAAAAAGAAUCAAUUUUCUCAACAAGGAACUAAUGAACAUUAUGCAUAAGGUAUCAAUUUAAAUAAAGAUUUAUUUACAAUUACAAUUACUAACGAUAAAUUAGAAAAUGAAAUUAAAAUUUUUAAGAGACCAAAAUUUAUAAUUCAAUAAGAUUAAAUUAUUGAAGAAGUGCAUUUAGCAUUAUCUCCACCUAAAAUAUCUAAGUCUCCUAGUAGAAGAAACCUAACACAUUCUGGAUCUCUCCACUAAUCCUUAAGACAAAUACAUCUAAGACACUCAGUCUCACAACAAAUCAUUAAAGAUGAACUAUCUAAUAUUACCAUUCCUCCUCCUAAUGUUGAAGAAAAUAACAAUCUAGAUUUUAAUCAAGAAUUCUCAAAAUCUAAUUUAUAUGUCAGGCUUUAUUAUCAAAGUAAAUUGCAUAAAUUACCCAGAAAAACUACUUUUGUUGGAAUGAAUAUAUAAGAAAUAGAAGAUUACUAUAUUUCCUAACAACAAUUAAUUAAGUUAACAUUUAUAAAGUUUUAAGUCACCGAAGUACCUGGAUUCGAAUUGAUUGGAUCGACAUUGCAAUAAAACAUAGAACUCCCAAAAUAUAUUAUUGACUAGCCAAAACUAUCCUUAAGUUCCAACCUUUUUUUUUUUGAUUAGAGCGAAACAUUUUCUUCUAGUGAAUCAGAUUAAAGCAGAUCUUUAGAUUUACUUUUAGAAGAGCCAAUUUAAAGUUUAAUUUUGAAUAAAUUUAGGCUAGGAUUAUAAUAACAAGAAAAUGGAAGUUAAAUUGGAAGCAAAGUAAAAUCCCUUAAUCAUUUAGAUUAAGGGGAAGAGGAGGACAUAUUUAUUGAAGAUGAUUUCAAGAAUUUGAAAUGUAAUUAUUCAUGCAUAACAUCAGCUCUUUCUACUGGUUAAUUGACUUUAAUUAAAUAAGCAAAAACUAAUUUCUUAUAAUCAUAUCAAUAUAGGUGCAUUAUAAGCACUUUAGAUCAAAAUACUAAAAAUUAAUUAUUAACUUUCCCUUAACAAGCCAGACCUUUAAAUGAGACUCUAGAUUCCCUCUACUCUGAUACUGAUAGUGAGGCAUUUAGGUAACUAGAAUAAUUCAAUAAUGGGGAAAUUUUAAAAAAGAGAAUAGCUAAUUAAUUAGAAGUGCGAUACCAAACAAUAUUGAUUGGAAGAUAUUAGGAUUUUUAGAAGGUUAUUGACAUAGAACACUAAGAUUUAAUAGAGACAUUAGAAAAUCUACCAGAAAUACCAAAAUUAAAGGAAUUAGAGAAGUAAUCAAAAAGUUAAAACUAAUAAUUGCAAUAACAGCAAUCAUAAUUAAAUUUAUAAAAAUAAUAACCAUAAUAAAUAAUAAAUUAACAGUUUAUAAAAACAGACUAACAUAUUCGAUAAAUUGCUAAAAUAAAAACUAAUUUGCAUAAUAAAAAGUAGUUACUACAAAAUCAAUCAUAAACGAUUGCUUAACCAAAUCUAAGAAAAAAGUAAACUGCCAAUUCGCCAGAUCAAAACAUCUCAAAAUUAACAAUGCAGUAUUCUAACUAAUUAACUAAUUAAUAAACUUAAAAUAAUAAUAUUAUCACCCAAUCUACUACUUAAUAUUUAACUAAACCAACUAACUAAUCUUAACAAUCAUUUAAUGGAUCAGGAUCAAAGACAAUUCAAAAAAGUAAUUCCAAUGGAGAAUUAAGUGAAACUUCAUCCAUCAAAUCAUCAAAUAGUAGAUUGGAUAUUAGUUCAUAAAAAAUAAUUGAUGGAGACAAUUAAAAACAUCAGCCAAAAAUCUAAUAGUUUCAAGAAUCUCAGAAUGAAAAAAAACUAAAACAUCAUCCGACAAAAUCAGAUAAAUUACUCAAUAAGAUCUUUGAACAGAAAAUAUCAAGUAUGUAAUAAAAUGCAUUGAGGAUGAGAAGUCAUGCAGAGGAAUAAACAAAAAGGUAGAAAUAUGAUCAAAAAUAUUAAGUAAAGUUUGCAAUCUAGGACAACAAUUUUUAGGAGUUUAUGGAAAAUUUUAUUUAAUUGCCAGAAAUGUACAUUGAUUAUAGAUUCUAAAACAAUGAAACCUUUUUAACUUUAGCUACACAAAGUGGAAAUAAGGAGAUUGUGAAAGAGCUAAUAAGAAGAGGAGCAGAUAUUAAUAUACAGAAUGAUGAUGGAAAUACGCCCUUGCAUUUGGCAAUAGCAUAUUCUCAUUAUGUAAUAGCUGAUAUGCUAAUGUUUUCUGGAGCCUUCUCUCACAUUUUAAAUAAGCAGGGUAGGAAUGCGUGGAACGUAAUAUGA